UUCACCUUUUUAUUAAUCAAACAUUAUGUCUCUUAAUAAAUUUCUUCCGUACAUUUUCCUACUCUGUCUUCAGUCUUCUUUUCUGCUGUCAUUUUCUUGCUCCAAUGGUGAAUGCAAGAAUUCACAGGAUUUAAUGGAAGUUGAUUUCUGUGGGAAAUGUGAAGAAGGGUUCCGGUGCUUCGAUUGUAUAGCAGGAUUUAAAGGGCUGAGCUGCUUUAGAAGUACCACCACCGAUCAAUUCAAACUCCUGAACAAUUCUCUACCUUUCAACAAAUACGCAUUCUUGACAACACAUAACGCUUUUGCUAUUGGUGGAGAACAAUCUCAUACCAAAGUUCCUCGAAUCACCUUUUCAAAUCAAGAAGAUAGCAUCACUCAACAGCUACAAAAUGGAGUUCGAGCCUUGAUGCUUGAUACAUCUGACUUCAAUGGAGAUGUAUGGUUGUGCCAUUCGUUUGGAGGAAAAUGCUAUGAUUAUACUGCUUUUGAACCAGCAAUUGAUACUUUGAAAGAGAUUGAAUCUUUCUUAUCUUCCAACCCAACAGAGAUUGUGACCUUGAUAUUGGAGGACUAUGUUAAGGCACCCAAGGGGUUAACCAACGUAUUUACAAAGGCGGGGUUAAUAAAGUACUGGUUUCCUACUUCAAGGAUGCCAAAACAAGGCCAAGAUUGGCCAUUAGUUAGUGACAUGGUAGCGAAAAACCAAAGGCUACUUGUGUUUACUUCUAUGAAAUCUAAGGAAGCUAGUGAAGGCAUCGCGUAUCAAUGGAAUUAUAUGGUCGAAAAUCAAUAUGGAGACGGUGGAAUGAAAGCAGGAAAUUGCACAAACAGGGCAGAAUCAUCAGCUCUUGAUGUUACAACCAAGUCUCUUGUUCUAGUUAACUUUUUUAGGUCUGUGCCCUUGAGGGACCUUUCUUGUGUUGACAAUUCCGCGAAUUUGAUCAAAAUGCUUCAUACAUGCCAUGAUGUUGCUGGAAAGAGAUGGGCUAAUUUCGUUGCUGUUGAUUAUUACAAGAGAAGUGAGGGAGGGGGUGCUUUUGAUGCCCUAGACAUGUUAAAUGGAGAGCUGCUUUGUGGGUCUGAUAAUGUACAUGCUUGUAAGCAUGGAUAAUUACACUCUGGAUUCUACAAUUGUAUGCGAUAAAGCUUCAUAUCAUUUGCUAGGCUGCUAUGUGAUCUCAUCUUUGACAGUCUCUUCAACAAAUUCUUACAUUGUAACAAACACAAAUUGUGUUAUGUAAGCAUCAAUUGUCAUUGGCAUCAUCAAGCUAUUAAAAUGUCAACUGUUAUUUCACUAUUUGAUUAAGGGGUAUAAUAGAAAUUUUUUCAUUGCCCAAAAAAAAAAAAGGGUUAAAUUGUUGGGUUUAGAACAUAAUGCAUUGCAAUUCCGGUAGACUUGA